UUUGGUGCCGGUUAUUGUAUAAUGUUCCAAAAAUAUAUGUUUUAAAAAUGAAUGCUUUUUUGACAUUUCGAGUACUUAUUUGUAUUUUAAUUUUAAGGGCAACCUUUGAAGAUAAAGUAACGAUGGCAGAACAAUAUCUUGUAACUGACGAGUAUAUUGUACAAAUGAGUAGAGCCCUAAACCGGGGCCCCUAUUUUGACACUUCUGCGACCAAAAAUGUGACAUCGUUGGUUGGAAAAACAGGACAUUUAAAUUGUCGUAUAAAAAAUCUUGGCAACAAAACGGUAUCAUGGAUACGCCAUAGGGACUUGCAUCUAUUAACUGUAUCUGAAAGCACAUACACUUCGGACCAGAGAUUUAGUUCAAUAUUCAACAAGCAAACCGGGGAUUGGUCUUUACAGAUAAAGUUUCCUCAAUUAAGGGAUUCUGGAGUCUAUGAAUGCCAAGUAUCGACAACACCGCCAGUGGGAUAUACCAUGGUAUUUUCUGUUGUAGAGCCAAUUACAAGUAUUCCAGGAGGACCAGAGAUUUAUAUUGAUUUGGGGUCAACAGUGAAUUUAACAUGCGUGAUAAGGCACCUUCCCGAUCCACCCAUAUCAGUGCAUUGGACACAUAACAAUCAGUUAACACGGUCUCCCAGCCAAACGGAAGUUCCCAGGCUGAUAAUGCUUAACAGAAUAAAAUAAUGCAAGGCUAGCGACACCUGCGGACGUUGCACAACGACGUUGCCAAAAUCCCAGGCUUCGGUCGGCGCAAUCAGCGGGCAAUGCACUCCGAUGCAACGGCGGCUACCCAACACCAUGCAUGGGCAGCCGGGUCAGCACUUUUACGACAUAGGGCUAGCUUUCAUUAUAAGAAUUAUUGUACUUAGAGUUUAGUUGAAUUUUGGAAAUAAACGGUGACGGUAAAACCUCGCAAUUACAAAGUCUUCUCAUUCGCAAAUUAAAAUCGCGUCUUAAAUAAAUCCUAAAAAGGACAUAUAGUUAAUUGGCACCCAUAGCGUCGUAAGACCCUCGACUCGUGUUCAAUAAAAAAAACAACAACGCGUCGUAAGACCCUCGACCUUUGUACAAAAAAACGCGAUCGUAAGACCCUCGAUUCGACGUUUAAAUAAAAAAAAAUAAAUAAAAAAAUAUAUAAAACGCGUUCGAUCCGUUAAAAAAAAAAAAAAAACUACUUGUUGGGUUUACGCAACAAAACCAGUCAACAACAACAAAACCAAAAACAAAAAACCAGGAACGAAACCAGCGCAACUGAAUUAAAAGAAGGAAGACACCCGACAGCGGCAACAACAUUUAGUUCUACAAUUAAAUAAAAACCAUGUGAGUAGAGUGUUCAUUGAUACGCCCACUAUUUUCAAAUUGCAAAAAAAAAGUAAUUAAAAAAAAAAAAAAAAAAAAAGU